AAGCGGGGAGAGAGAGAGAGAGAGAGAGAGAGAAAGAGAGAGAGAGAGAGAGAGAGAGCAGUGCCUAGGGAGGGAACCGUUUUUUCUGUUAAUAUAUGAAGCUUCAGCCUUAGCAAUGGUGUCGGACCAAGAAAUAGCAAACGGGGUGGAGACUCUGCUCCGUCAGUCUGGCCCUAACACUGUUACUUCCGUUAAUGGCGUCGUUCAACAGUUGGAGGUGAAGCUAGGGUUAGACCUCUCUCACAAGGCAGGAUUCAUCAGAGACCAGAUCGACCUUAUCCUCCGAUCACAUGCCCAACCCCAUCCUCAUCCCAAAGACCAUUUUGCUCUCCAGCACCACCCUCAGUUUCAGACCACCCACCCCCAAAUCCCUCACCAUUUCGCCCUUACCCACCACCGCCCCGGGGAGCUCAACUUCCGAUGUCCUCCUCCGCAGUCACAGCCGCAGCCGCAGCCGCACUCGCACUCGCAACGGCCCCCGCCUCCGCAGUAUCUUCUGGUGACGAAGGCCGAUGCUUUUGUUCAGAACGUUGCUGCACCCGCUCCCGAAAUGCCGAAAGAAAGUGCUCCAGCUGGAACAAAAAGAAGAGGUGGCCCAGGAGGUCUAAACAAAGUUUGUGGUGUUUCACCUGAACUACAAGCGAUUGUUGGUGAACCAUCCAUGCCAAGGACUCAGAUUGUGAAACAGCUAUGGGCUUACAUAAGGAAACACAAUCUCCAAGAUCCAAGUAACAAGAGAAAGAUAGUUUGUGAUGAUGCACUGCGUUUAGUGUUUGAGACAGACUGUACCGACAUGUUCAAGAUGAAUAAACUUCUGGCAAAGCAUAUUAUCCCCCUUGAACCUACAAAAGAGCCAGGCCAAGAUUCUAAGCGGGUCAAGUUGGAGGCGGAAUCCACAAUUGAAAGUACUGAAGCUGCUCCACCUCUUUUGAUAAUAUCUGAUGCACUUGCCAUGUUUUUUGGUACUGAAGAAAGAGAAAUGCUCCAAUCGGAGGCUCUAAAACGUGUUUGGGAUUACAUAAAACUUAACCAUCUGGAGGAUCCUCUAAAUUCAAUGGUGAUACUAUGUGAUGCAAAGCUUCAAGAACUUUUUGGAUGUGAAAGCUUUUCUGCACUGGGAAUAUCCGAGAUGCUGGCACACCAUUUCUUCAAACAGUCAUAACAUCUUGUAGUCUGGUUGGUGCAGAUGUAGGGCGUUGAUGGCAGCUAGUCUGUUCUGACAGAUACUUGUUUGGUUUUUUGUAUGUUUUGAUUGGUAGAUGUUAUUACGUUUACAACUUGGUUAUUUAUGAACAAAAUGAAAAUCUACUCUCUGGGUCAGUGGCAAGGAGUCUGUUGUAGUUGAUGCCAAGGCCCUGGGUUCUGGUUUUCUCAUUUAGCAUCUUUGGAUUACAGUCAAUUUCCUAACCACCUAAGAAAUACAAAAAGAUGGAAACCCAAGGAAAAGAUUAGGAAAAAGUUAAUAUUAA